AGCCGAAAGUCCUGGUUUGGCCUUGGGUUCCGCGGUAGGGGUUGUCCCGUGCGAGUGAGUGAGGAAAUCCCGUGGCCUUAUCUACCGGCAGAAUCCGGCAAAGACACGCCUGCGGGUGUGGGAGGGAGGAAGCUCCAACCCCCCACAAAAAAGCGAGCGGGCGGGCAGGUGCGGGGCAAAACUGAAGUGUGCAGGGUCCCUAGAGGCCGGUUCCGGUCGGCGCGCCCUCCUCGCGGCCAUGGUGCAGGCAGAGCUCAGGGCGAGCCCCAGGUGAGGGCAGCGACUCCGCAGGGGAUUCCACCGCAGUAGAACCAGGUAGAUGCAGGGUGGGGAAGAAAGGAUGCUGCCCUCCCUGCUGCCCGGUAGCACCCUGAGCGGCCGCAGUUGCAGCAGCAGCAGAAAACAGAGUGCCGGCCGAGAAGGCGGCUCGAGCUGUUGGUAAAGUCGCCCAGCUGCUGUUUCUCCGUAGGAUGCGAGUUGAAAAAACAGCCAGAAAACAGGGCUCCCCGUCGCAAUCUUCUUCGAGCUCUUUUUCCUUGCUACUCGGAGCUGAUUUGUGCGAAAACAUGCCUUGCACUUGCACCUGGAGGAACUGGAGACAGUGGAUUCGACCUUUAGCAGUGGUCAUCUACCUGGUGUCCAUAGUGGUUGCGGUUCCCCUGUGCGUGUGGGAAUUACAGAAACUGGAGGUUGGAAUACACACCAAGGCUUGGUUUAUUGCUGGAAUCUUUUUGCUGUUGACUAUACCUAUAUCGCUAUGGGUGAUAUUGCAACACUUAGUGCAUUAUACACAACCUGAACUACAAAAACCAAUAAUAAGGAUUCUUUGGAUGGUACCGAUAUACAGUUUAGAUAGUUGGAUAGCUUUGAAAUAUCCCAGCAUUGCAAUAUAUGUGGACACCUGCAGAGAAUGCUAUGAAGCUUAUGUUAUUUACAACUUUAUGGGAUUCCUUACAAAUUAUCUAACUAACCGGUAUCCAAAUCUGGUAUUAAUCCUUGAAGCCAAAGAUCAGCAGAAACAUUUCCCUCCUUUAUGUUGCUGUCCACCAUGGGCUAUGGGAGAAGUAUUGCUGUUUAGGUGCAAACUAGGAGUAUUGCAGUAUACAGUUGUCAGACCAUUCACCACCAUCGUUGCUUUAAUUUGUGAGCUGGUUGGUGUCUAUGAUGAAGGAAACUUUAGCUUUUCAAAUGCUUGGACUUACUUGGUUAUAAUAAACAAUAUGUCACAAUUGUUUGCCAUGUAUUGUCUACUGCUGUUUUAUAAAGUUCUAAAGGAAGAACUGAGUCCAAUCCAACCUGUUGGCAAAUUUCUGUGUGUCAAGCUGGUGGUUUUUGUUUCCUUUUGGCAAGCAGUAGUUAUUGCUUUGUUGGUAAAAGUUGGCGUUAUUUCUGAAAAGCAUACAUGGGAAUGGCAAACCGUAGAAGCUGUGGCCACAGGACUCCAGGACUUUAUUAUCUGCAUUGAGAUGUUCCUUGCUGCUAUUGCUCACCACUACACUUUCUCAUAUAAGCCGUACGUCCAAGAAGCAGAAGAGGGCUCGUGCUUUGAUUCCUUCCUCGCCAUGUGGGACGUUUCAGAUAUUAGAGAUGAUAUUUCGGAACAAGUAAGGCAUGUCGGACGGACAGUCAGGGGACAUCCUAGGAAAAAACUGUUUCCUGAGGAUCAAGAUCAAAACGAACAUACAAGCUUGUUAUCGUCAUCAUCGCAGGAUGCAAUUUCCAUUGCCUCUUCUAUGCCACCUUCACCCAUGGGUCACUACCAAGGGUUUGGACAUACUGUGACGCCCCAGACUACACCAACUACAGCUAAGAUAUGUGACGAAAUACUUAAUGAUACUAUAGGAGGGAAAAAAGACCCUUCAGAUAAAUCUGUGGACUCCUGAACAGUCUGGAAAAGCAAACUGUGCUACUACCAUUUGUCAUAUCCCAUGGCUCAGGAUUUUGUGCUUGGGACACACCAUAAAUAAUGGAAAAUUUCAACACAUAAGCAGGUGAAAGCCAAGUACAACUACUGGAUUUAUAUAUAUGAGUUUUAUAUAUCAGAAAUAAGUCAGUCUAAAUUUCCCAGACUUAGACUUGAUCUUAACAUUAGAGUAUCACAUACUCAAAUGAUAGAAACUGACUCCAACUAAAUGUUCCUGGUAUUACAUUGCUUUACCAAGAGGAUGAACAUUAAAAAAAAAUAGUACUUCCUAUCACUGCUGCAUGAAUAUACUCUGGAAUUAACAGAAAGCAUAAUGCAGAAAUAUGAAUCAGCGGAAUUUAAUCAUAAUCUUGUGCCAUAUAACCUUACCUAACAAUUAUUUCUCUAUUUCUAAACUGAACGUCUUUCAAUAAAUAAGAACUUAUCAUUUA